GUUCACUACAGGGAGGACUUUGAGAAGAAUAAAGGCAAAGGUUUCAGCGUGGUGGCAGACACGCCGGAGAUGCAGAGAAUUAAGAAAACGCAGGACCAAAUCAGCAAUAUCAAAUACCACGAGGACUUUGAGAAGAUGAAGACUGGAGGAGAUGCUCCAUAUCAGCCUAGCAACCCCAACCAAGGAUCUUACCAGCAGCCUGCAGCCUCCCAGAACUACCACUAUGAGCCUACCCCUGAACCAGUGCGCCAGGCGGCUGCUGCCCCACCUCCCAGUUCUGGGAAACGAUACAGAGCCGUGUACGACUACUCUGCUGCCGACGACGACGAAGUGUCUUUCAGCGACGGAGACGUGAUCGUAGACGUGCAGCAGAUCGACGAAGGCUGGAUGUACGGCCGCGUGGAGCGCACCGGCCAGCAGGGCAUGCUGCCCUCCAACUACGUGGAGGCCAUCUGAAUGAUCGGGGGAAAGGAAAGGAAAGUAAAGGAGAAGGAGAUAAAGAAAGGGAGGGAAAGGAAAAGCCCAGUGCCAUCUCAUCUUAACGCCGCUUUCUCUUAAUUUUACUCUGGUUCCUUAAACCUCUGUCCUGUGAUCCUAACCCCCCCCCCCCCCUCCGCUCUGCAUCCCUGCUCUGCUCUCACUGCUUCAUCCAUGUCCGUCUGUGCUGAUGUCUCUGUUUCCUCUGUCCUUUAGCCAUUCUGACUCCGCUCUCGUAGAGAUAAAAUCCGCCGCUAACAGAAAGGUUAGUGUCAGGUCGCCACAUCGCUCACCGAUCCUGGCACAACAGCGCUCACAAAUAAAAGACAAAAAAAUACAAAAUAAAUUCCCCAUCAGUCAAACUGCAAAUAUUCUGUGGAGGGAAAAAAAAAACGAAAAGUAAUUUUUUUUUUUGUCUUGAUUUUGCAGCUCAAUCAUUGUCAGACUGGAAACAUUGUUUUUAUCUCAGUUUAUCAGACAUAAAGUUUGGAUAUGUUUUUUUUUUUUUUGUUUUUUUGACUUGUGUACAUUCCUUUAACUUUAAGCUCUGUUGCGCCACUCUGUACGUGGAGCAGAGAGGUUUUAAUGUCUUUUUGUAGGUGGACACGCGUCUUAAAAAGUAUCGGGUCGGGGUUCAACACUGCCUGCUGGGUGUUUGCUGUGAAACUGGAAUGUUAGCCUAACUGAAGAGCCCCUCCUGCCACUCAGAUACAGGAGGGAUCAGGGACAAGUUAGGGAACAAUACGAGUCCAUCGCUCAGAUCCUCCUCACUUCCUGUGAUUAAACUGUGCAAACGCCCUUAUUCCUGUUUUUUGCAGCCCAAAUUAUUUAUCCGCUUGGAAAGAGGAAACUUCCCCCAAUGCUAGGAAAGUAUUAAUAAAUAAAUGGUUUUAUAAAAAGCGAGGGCCAAGCACAGCUUUGCAUUGUGAUUCUCUCAAUUUUAAAUUGUUUUUUUUUUUUUUUCCACUGUGUAAAACAUUCCAGUCAUUUAUUUCUAUUUAAUGUGAGGAAAAUCCUUUGCUGUGUUAAAUGUUGUUUAUCUCAUGCUGUUCUUCUUUUGCUUGUCUUGUUUUUUUUUUGUUUUGUUUUUUUUUUUUAAUCUUAUUAAACUGUCAGUGUGUUUAAAUAAAGAAAACAAUUGGUUUUGGGACCCAAGACAACAGAGUUUGUGUGAAAACUGUGCAGUCAUGAUAUCGGAAUCAGGUGUGGGAUUCGUCGGCUUGUAAUUUUUGUUUAAAUAAAUGUAACUUUCGGAUUUAUCUUGCGAGUUGGUCCAAAACGUCGGCUUUCUUUCUUUUCUUUUUUUUUUAUCUUACGAUGCUCUUGGCUGCAAAUGAAACGAGACCCUGACGUCCAGAAAGCUGCUGGCUUGUGUCUGGCCCCUGACUGUACGCGCUUUUCUCUCCCAGGAUGCACUGUGAGCGUCGCAGAUUCAAGCGAUCGGUGGGGGGGGGGGGUCAAACAUGUUCAGCGUUAACAAGUUUAGGCAAACUUCUCAUUAUGUAGCUAGAUGACAUUGUAAAAAAUAUAUAUGCAUCGAUAUGGGGCUCUGGGAUGUGGCUUGCCUGCAGGAGAACGUGGUUUAUAUAUAUAUAUAUAUUUUGCAAAGAUUGGGUAGUAAUUUGAUUUUAAAAGUUGACUCAUGGAAACUUUAGUUAGUGAUGAAUUUCCUCAAGAUCUUACAAAUCUGUAACAUAACGUUG